AUGCAGAGCUCGGGUGAAGAUAGAACGUCUUGGGUUAGUCAAGCAGAAGAAAAUGUCAAGAUGGUCAUUCGUAAUGUACAAUCGGCAAUGAAAAAAUGUUCUGGACUGCAAUACAAGAUGUGGGAAAAAGUGAAAAAUGAAUUAGGAAAAUUGGAUUUGAGUAAAUUAGGGUACGAUCACCCAGUGUGUUCUGGAAUUUUGGACUGCGAAUCUGAACCUAUAUCCACGUUAUUGCCGGAGCUUCGUACUGUGUUGCAGAAAGGGGCCGAUGAUUUUUUGAUAGAAAAAAACAAAAAGAUAAAUGAUCUUUGUGAAAAAUUUACUCUUGAGGAGGAGAAACAUAUUCUGGCGGAAGAAACAGCAUUAUCGCCCCCACGUCUUGAUGAGUCUAGCGGUGGACAAUCCUCUGAUGAGACUACAUCGACUAUUGAAAAACCUAGAAGAAAGAAAAGGAAAUAA